GCCAAGGAAAAACUUUAAAGUAACAUUGCGAUGAUUUUGUGGUUGCGCCGGGUCAUUGGAUGUAGGCAAGUUUGUUAGCUUACCAGGAAUAAACAAAUGAUGUCAUCAACUUCAACAUUUUUACGAUAAUAAAGGACAUCCUGGUUUAUAUCCUGGUGAAAUUUCAAUGAUUUAUCUAAUUACACAAGGAAGUUAGAGUAAAUGUCUCAAUAAUUUCCGAACAAACCUCGUAGUGGAAACUUUAUCUCCAUAAAGGCGGUUGGACAUAAUCAAAAGAAUAUAUAAAUGGACAAAGUGUAAAUCACGGAAUGUCUGACAAUUGCGAUAUGUCUGAGGCCCUGUACGUGGGUCUGUGUGAUUAUAUAGGGACACCGACAGAAGUGACCGCCAGGAGGGAGGUGAUGGACAUGGAGGAGAUGAUAAUGAAACCCGCACUGAUACAUGAAUGGUGUAGAAUGAUGAAGACUGGUAGUCAUAGGGAAGGUUUUAGAUUUCAAUCUUCUGACGUAGAUAGGAUGUUAUGGUACACCAAUCAUAAAGUGAUAACUGACUUAUCACAGUUCAGUGUUUAUGAUCUGUCAAAACAUUCCCUCAUUCUCAUGGAGGACACUGAUACACCGGGGUUUGUCAGACUACAGCUUCUGACGUCACCACGAGAGAAAGACUUUGAAACAUAUUUUGUCCCAUUCACUAAGUAUAUAUCAAAUGUAAAGUGGAGACAAAUCAUGUUGACGUUGAUGGUAAAAAACAAUUCUUUCAAAAAUGCAAAAAAUCAUGGUCCUUGUGCCAACGGUUUUAUUGGUGAUAUAGAAAAUGACUAUGCCGCUUGUUUCCAUUGUUCAUACUGGUCACGGUUUCCCAGUGAUUUGAAAAAAAUAUCAUCAAACACCGUGUUUAAUGAUAUUUUAAGAAAUGGUUGUCAUUUUGUGCCCGUCGGAAGUAAAAUAGCAGGCGAUGAAAAUGAACUGGAGUGGAGAUUGUCCUUUUCUCAAGCAGAGCAAAAACUUGUGUAUUCAAUGAAUCAUACACAGUUUCUGUGUUAUGGACUUUUAAAAAUAUUUCUAAAGGAAGUCGUCAAUCGUGACAAAGAAGAACCAUUCCUGUGUUCAUAUUUCUUGAAGACAACGAUGUUCUGGAUGAUGAAAAAAAUAGAAUACACUGAUUGGUGUCCAAGAAACUUAAUAAAUUGUUUUACGGCAUGUUUGGCCUUUCUAAUAGAUAACGUCGGUCGCAGAAUUUUGCCGAAUUUUUUCAUCCCAGAGAACAACAUGUUUGCCGCCAAAUUGUCCACAGCUCAAGGUGAAUCCGCACGCGAGUGUCUCUUUCAAGAACUCAAAAUGUAUUACGAAAUGGGCUUGACAUGUUUGUUACAAAGUUCAACGCUCACGACACUGAUAUAUAACAAUCUUUCAGGGAUAGAUCCCAUUAUAUAUAAGAGAGCUCACAUUAUAGAAAAGUGUGCAGCUGAUACAGAUAUUUGUUUAAAAAAGGAAAUUAAUUGGCUAAGUAUUUUAGGAAAGGACGUACGGGAGAACUACUUUAUUCUGAGGUUCACCAUAAUUUUGUCAAAUCAGUCACUUUCAGAAUAUGAGACAAUAACAGUACAGAAAUAUACAACUGAUAGUUUGGUUAGUACAGCAUUCUUAUAUCUCAAUAGUUCAACAGUUAGUACAAAUAAGAAAGUUUACAGAUCAGACAGACUGAUCGGUAACUUGUUGAAGCUGGCAGGUAGAGUGGGCGAUGUUUCUUGUUUGUUGUAUCUUGCUCUGUAUUACUACAGAACAUGUAGAUAUAGAGAGGCGCUUCAUGUUACAACUCUGGUUAAAAAGAGUCUCACACAGCCUUAUAUCAUGUUUAGCACAGUAGACCGAGAAAGGUACAACGAAUCUGUGGCUGGUUGGUCUCUGUCUAAACGUAUGCAAAAAGCUUGGGCAGAUCUUGUACGUCUUAAAAAAGAUGUUCAUUAUAUAAAUGAGCUGGAUUUAGAACAGAAAGUAAGCAAAGGAAACAGUCAACCAUCCUUGUUGAUUUCACCCUAUGUAGUGACAGACAUGUUAAGUGUGUUAUGUAACUACAGACUAGGUAACGGGUCCCAGUGUCUACAGUCACUGUCAGACCUACAGACACUGAUGCUCAAUGAUGAUAACGCGAGUUACGUACCUUUACAUACCAGAGACAUCUCGUGGCAGAUACUGGGGAUCUGUCAACACGUUGUGGGGGAUCUAAACGGGGCGUUUCAAUCUUAUCAACAGUCACUGAGACAGGAACCAUACCACAAAAUACAGAAUGCCAUUAGAUUCAGAAGUGCACUGGUUUUGAAUCAAUUAAAUCAAGGAAAGAGCGAUACGAGUUAUUAAGUUGCCUUCAUGAUGGUAAAUCAUGAACUGCAUAAUAAUGCAUGUACUAUUAAUUUACAUAUUCUCAAAAUACAGAAUAGCCUUCAUUUUUAAUCGAUUAAUUAAAAAAUUAGCUGCAACUUUCUGAUUUUUUUUUUUAUAAUUAAUUGUUUUGAACUUAUUGCUGCUAUAUUUCGGAUAUGCAAUGUACAAUAUCCUCCUAAAUUAUACGUACAAUUGGCAACGUAAUAAAGUGGUUUAUAUGCGAAAUGUUUAAAAAUAUAUAAUGGUAUAACCUGUGUAAACAGAUAGCCAUGCUAUGACCUUGAAUUGUUGGUAUAUUACAUUAGUAAUGAUAACUAACAGAAUGGACUCUUUGACUCUUUUGGCACUGCGUAGUAUUCCUAAAUGAUGUUGUACAACCAGGUACAGAAUGCGGGCACAAAAACAUCCAAAUUGGGAGUUUAUAAAUAAGUUGUCAUAUUCGGCGAUUCUGUGUCUGCAUCGAUACCUCUGGUACUCUUUAUUGAGUCACGUAUUGCGUAUUCUAUAUAACCUUUUUAACCAUGAAUUCAUGUAUACUUUUAUAAUGACAUUCUAAUAUUGUACGUCAUACUAGGGUAAAAUCCAGAUUGAAAAUAUAUAAACAAUUUUAUAAACAAGUUAUCAACAAAUUGUCAUAUUUAGCGAUCAUGUGUCUACAAUGAAAGCCCUGAUACUGCAAGUUACCCAUGUAUUGUUUUUUCUAUCUAUUUAACCUUUAUAGCCUUAUAGCCAUGUAUGAAUGAAUGUAUUAUGUGUAAGCGAUGCUUCAUACACAGGUAGGGGACUCAGAGACUCAAAACCUGCACCCAUACUCUUUGAUACACAGUUUUGACAGUUUUGUUGCUUUAUUUAGAAAUAAAAUAUAACUCUGAAGUUUGAAUACUACACGUUCAUCGUAGGUGGGCCAAACUGGUCAGAACUGUCAAUCAUAAGUAAAAUGUAUUAUAAUCCCUUGUAAAAAGAAUUUUAUAUUUGGUUUUGAUUUAAGAUCUUUAAUUUUUAGGUUUAUAAGAAUUUUAUUUUUAUAAUUUUGAAUUUUAGAUUUUUUCAUUUGGGGUUUAUAAUUUUGGUUUUAGAUUUAUAGAAUUUUAUUUGAUUUUGGAUUUUGAUAGGUUUUUAAUUUUUGGAUUCAGAAUUUUAUUUUAGAUCUGAUAUUUUUGGGCUUCAGCUUUUAUUUAGGAAUUUCAUUUGAAUGUGAAAUUUUAGAAUUUCAUUUUAGAUCUUUGAUUUGUACUGCAUUUUAUUGAUGUUUUAACUUUGACAAAACUAUACGAUCACGCUUGUUAAUAAACUGCUUGGUAACCAACAAUUGGACUUGGUUAUUCCUAAGUUUGAGUUGAACGUUCAGUGGAAAAAGAGGACGAAAGGCUUAAACCUGUCCCUCUCAUCCGCCACACA